UCUGUUUCCAGACUCCAAAGCUGUUUGCUUUUGAGAAACAGCAAACCCACAGUCCCUCUCUCUUUCCGGAAAGGUCUAAAGGCGUUCUCCCUGAGCCUUCCAAGGAAGCGGGAGCAUGCGGACUGGUAGGAGCGAGCAAGGAGGGCGGGAGCCCCAGAAACUGCUCCCGACGCCCGCCCCUCAUUCGGGCCCUCGGCCCCCCUGCGCUGAGCGGGUCGUGACCUAUUUGUCUUACUGGCGCGGCUUCUUUCCGCCCUUCUCAGAGUCCUUCAGGUCCUGCCCCAACUUCGGGGCUCCAGGACGCCCCCGUCCGGUGACCCGCUGAGCAACGAACGUCCCACCCAGGGACCCCCUCUUUUCCUGGGCUUGGCGCUUCCGCCUCCGGGGCGGAGACUCCUCCCUCUCCCGGUCCGCGUUGUGUUCCCUGGAAGAGCAGCCGGAAAAGCGUCCGCCGGCUCCGGCCGGGGCGAGCGAGAAGCCGGCUCCCUCCGCCGCCGCCCGCCGCCCGCCGCCCCGCCUCGCCGCAGCCCCGGGAGCGCAGGACCCUCCGGCGGCGCGGACGCGGCUUCAGCACCGCGGACAGCACCCCGCCCGCGGCAUGGCCCGGCGCUCCGGCCCCGCGGCGCUGCUGCUGGGCUUCGGCCUCCUCGGGCUGCGCGCAGGAGUCUGGGGUACAGACACAGAGGAGCGUCUGGUGGAACACCUCCUGGACCCCUCCCGGUACAACAAGCUCAUCCGCCCGGCUGCCAAUGGCUCUGAGCUAGUGACCGUGCAGCUCAUGGUGUCCCUGGCCCAGCUCAUUAGUGUGCAUGAGCGGGAGCAGAUCAUGACCACAAAUGUCUGGCUGACCCAGGAGUGGGAGGACUAUCGGCUCACCUGGAAGCCUGAGGAGUUUGACAACAUGAAGAAAGUUCGGCUCCCGUCCAAACACAUCUGGCUCCCAGAUGUAGUUCUGUACAACAAUGCUGACGGCAUGUAUGAGGUGUCCUUCUAUUCCAACGCCGUGGUCUCCUACGACGGCAGCAUCUUCUGGCUGCCGCCCGCGAUCUACAAGAGCGCCUGCAAGAUCGAGGUGAAGCACUUCCCGUUCGACCAGCAGAACUGCACCAUGAAGUUCCGCUCGUGGACAUACGACCGCACAGAGAUCGACCUGGUACUCAAGAGUGACGUGGCCAGCCUGGACGACUUCACCCCCAGCGGCGAGUGGGACAUCGUGGCACUGCCCGGCCGGCGCAACGAGAACCCGGACGACUCCACUUACGUGGACAUCACGUACGACUUCGUCAUCCGCCGCAAGCCGCUCUUCUACACCAUCAACCUCAUCAUCCCGUGCGUGCUCAUCACCUCGCUGGCCGUGCUCGUCUUCUACCUGCCGUCCGACUGCGGCGAGAAGAUGACGCUGUGCAUCUCCGUGCUGCUGGCGCUCACCGUCUUCCUGCUGCUCAUCUCCAAGAUCGUGCCGCCCACCUCCCUGGACGUGCCGCUCGUCGGCAAGUACCUCAUGUUCACCAUGGUGCUCGUCACCUUCUCCAUCGUCACCAGCGUGUGCGUGCUCAACGUGCACCACCGCUCGCCCAGCACGCACACCAUGGCGCCCUGGGUCAAGGUCGUCUUCCUGGAGAAGCUGCCCGCGCUGCUCUUCAUGCAGCAGCCGCGUCACCGCUGCGCCCGCCAGCGCCUGCGCAGGACCACGGCCCGGCUGCUCCUGGGCCCCCCGAGCCCCGGUAUACACGUACCUCCUGCUGCUCGGGGCAGGGGCUGGGACGGACGCCCCAGCAGAGCACGAGGGCUGCGAGUGCUGUGGGAUGUGCUGGCUUUGCUGCCCCGAGGACAAGGUGUCAGGCUGGGGCUCUGUCCCCAGAAACCGCAGGCCUGUGGCGCCUCUGCCCCCAUGUUCCCUCCCCGGGGAAGCCACGACUAGAGACGUCCUAACAAUUCAGAUUCUCUUUAUUUCCGAGGAAUGUAUAUGGUUAGUCACGGUUGUCAAGGGACACAUCAAAGCCGAAUCGAGGACCCCAGGGCAGCCCCCCCGCCCCCCGUGCCGAGUCCGUGCCUGGGCCCCUCCCAUCUGCUCCUGGAGCCGCACCAGGACCCAGACCGGCACAGUCGCUCCUGAGUCAAGGAAGUAGCUUCGCGCAGCGACAGCGUCACAAGUGAUUAUUCGGAGAGUGCACAACAGCCACAGUUCGGACAAAUUAACUACAAAGACCAUUUAAAAAAGGAAGACGGGCGUUCUGGUUGCUAAA